CUCCAUCUUGGACUUCAUUGGUUUUGAGAACUGAAAGUAAAGCCGACGGGUGAUCUUCGCCCAAAUUGCACAGUAACACCGUCAUUAAAACAGGGCAAACCGCACAAUGGAGACGCGUGUGUUUCUUUGGAACUGUUAACGAUCUUUCAGCAGGGACAGCAUGUGGCUUUUAUAAUAAAAUUAUAUUUGUACGCCGUAGUUUUUCGCAAGCGGAACUGACAGAGGUGGCAGAGUGAAGAAUGGAGCUGCGCUCGUACUCAGCUCCAGUGGUGCUGAUUGGUGAUCACUGCCUGCAGUUCUUGCGUGUGAUUGGCUCUGGGGGGUUUGGACAGAUCCACAAAGCCAAGCACACAGACUGGGGGAUGGUGGCUAUCAAACUGCUGCACUUUGAUGAUGGUUCCAGCUCCUCCCUCCUGAAAGAGGCGGAUUUGAUGCGUCAGGGUGGCAGCACCUACGUGCUGCGAGUUUUGGGGGUGUACCAGGGCGUUCCCCCAGGCCGGGGCCCCUCGUCGCAGCUGGGGCUGGUGAUGGAGUUUAUGGAGAGGGGUUCGCUGGCGUCUCUGCAGGAGAGGCUGCGUGGGCCCCCGCCCUGGCCCCUGGCCUUCCGCCUGGCUCACCAGGUCGCUCUGGGCAUGAACUUCCUGCACUGUCUGUCCCCGCAGCUGCUGCACCUUGACCUCAAGCCCAGCAACGUGCUGCUGGACGAUGGCCUGGGCGUUAAGCUCACUGACUUCGGAUUGGCCAAGCUGGUGCACAGCAUGUCCUCAGGGCUCCGACAGGAGGAGGCAGGGGGGACCGUCAGCUACAUGCCCCCUGAGGCCUUCCGGUGCACCUACAAGCCAACUCCUGCAUCUGAUAUAUACAGCUAUGCCAUUCUGCUGUGGUCCAUCAUCACUGGGGAAGAACCCUAUCCCCAUGCUCGCUCUGAUCUGAUCCAGCUGCGGAUCCCUGAGGGAGACAGGCCGGACCUGAGUGCAGUGAACAAAGGGAGAGUGGAGGGUCUGAGAGAGCUGGCUGACCUCAUGGAGCAGUGCUGGCACCCCAGCCCCAAACAGCGGCCCUCCUUUCACGACUGCCUGCCAGUGACAGAGAAGGUGUUUGAGGCGCACAAGUGUGGAAUAACAGACGCCGUCUACCAAGUGCAGUUAUUACUGGAGGAUGCGAUUUGCAGAAGGUUUGAUGGCCUCCAUGUCUCUCCUGCUGAACUCCCUAUCAAAGCUGCACCAGUGGAGAGUGUGAAGACUGGGCCUCUCCCUGUUCAGGAAGUGCUGGGAGGAGUGACCCCCAGCAGCCAAGCCAAAGCUGUGUGUUUCCUCCCAGCCCCUACUCCUCCUCACCCAAAGAGAGCGCUGUCUGAUGAUCCAUCACUUUCCUCAGCCAAUCACACUCCACCAGCUGCUUGCACCUCCUCCAAACAGACGUUGGCGGGAUUCUGGCCGGGUCAAAUCGGCUCCAAUCAGCAGAGCCUACCAGGGAUGUUUGCAGGGGGAAUUAACAUCAGCAUGUCCGGUGUGAGCGGAGUGCAGAUAGGGAACAACAACAGCAUGGUCAUCACCACUGCCAGCCGCCCACGCCGCAGGAACCCCACAGCGCCUCCUACAGUUCAAACGCCAGCGUCGCAGCCCAGAAAAUCCUCUCGGUGAGCGGAAGGCUGCGAGGCACCAGCUGCAGGAGCAUCUGAAGGGGAACAGUGGGUGUGAUUUGGGAUGUUAAGGGUUAAGACUGUGCACAGCAGCUGCACAGAAAAACACAGCCAUGCGCAGACAUGCAAAGCCCUGCGUCAGCUCUGCACAGGCUUCCCCUGUGCUGUGCAGCAGAAUGUGUUGGUGUAUGAUGUCCCCUGACGAAGUGAAACUCAGAGGUAGGCUGUGUCUGUUUUCCAAGCUAGCUGCCUACUGCUUUAAUGCCUGAACAGGCAGUUACCAUCGUAGGGAGGGUCAGCAGGACGUUUUUAAGAACGCCAACGUCUGCGUCUUCCUGCAUUUGCGCACCACGCAGGAGGCCUCGGUUACGUCUGAUCUGCACUCUAAAUAAGACACAAUUCCCUAACUCCAGUCCAUCAGCACAGAGUUGUUGGUGCUGGUAAACAGUGAUUUGUAGUGGCUUCUACUUAGUUCACUAAGAAAAAAGCCUCCACGUCCUCUAUAUUUACUUAAGCAAUGAAAAUAGCGCUAUACUAUGUAUAGCAACCUAAUCAUAACUGGCUGGCUAGUUUAUUGUAAUCAUUGCACAUAGCUAGCUAGUGAACCAACAAUAAACUAAUUAACGUUACACAGCCAGUUUCAAGAUAAGCUAGCUAGCUAGUACCAUUAGUCCUUCACCAACAUUAGCACCCUUGAGAUAACUACAACUAGUUAAUAAGCUAACAUUAAUACCACUACUGACAUCUAUUCAUGGCAAAAUAGAGUACAAAUAGAGUACAUGGCAAAAAUACAAAAGAGUGAAUGUAAAUCAUACAACAAUCGUAUUUAUUUUCAUUAUUAUUAUAUUGUUGUUAUUAUGAUCCAAACAUAACAUAACACACAAUUAAAAACAAAAUUGGCACUCCUCCUGUUGGUCUGUCCUGCAUAUCACCCAAACUGCCAUUUUUUGGAAUGUUGUGUGUGCUGCAAUGCCUUCUGGGAUUGCCUUCUCUUUGAUGGCUCCAUCAACAUGGCCUAACAUGGCCGACGGGCUCAUGCUGCCUGAUAGUGCAGCUGACUUCGGAAACAGACACAGCUGUGGUGCUGAGCUGGGUUCAGCCAUCCUCUGGUCUCUGCCUGCACUGGCAAAUCCAAGCUGUCAUGCUCAAGCUAUGCAAAAGUUCCAAGCUGGAAACAGUCGUCUUUGUUAUCAGUCAGGGCAUUUUCUUUCAC